AGUAGACAAACAUAUGAACACAAGGAGGGCGAAAUUUAUAUUAAAUAUGGCCAAAAAUGUGAAGAAACUAACGUUGGCCAGCAAACUGGUAAAAAGAGGAGAUAUCAUUGAGCCCACGGAGAUAAUAAGCAGACAAAGCCGGACGGACAAUUUGCGGGAUAUUGAGGACCUUGUGGGCGCAGGAUCUAGUAACUCGAUAUACUUCUCCCCCGUUCAAGCCCGUAAACAACGUCUCUUAAACGGGGAAACCCCGAAAAAAACGAACAUUAAAUUGGAAGCCUUAACUCCAACUCGCGUGCCGCCCAAAAAAAACAAAAAGGAUGACCAGUUGGUAACCAAAACUCAAGUAGGAACGGCUACGGUUGUUAAGUGUAAACUAAUGCCAGAUUCUGUGGAUUCUCCUUUGAGGAUUGAUAAGAUCAAACAGGAAUUGGAACCACAAAUAAAGCAGGAACUCAUUACACAAGAUAAUCAGGAGGGAUUAGUUAAUAUUAAGAAAGAACCAGAUCCCACAGUGGAACCCUCUUUAUAUAUAGAAGUAGAUUCACCGAAUCCCUUAUGGUAUUAUCACCUGGAAAGCAUACGCGUCAUGAGAAACUCGAAAUCUGCUCCAGUUGAUAUAAUGGGAUGUCAUCGCUGUGCAGACUCCAAGGCAGAUGCAAAGACACAACGCUUUCAAAACUUAGUAGCUCUUAUGCUGUCCAGCCAAACUAAGGAUCAAACCACCUAUGAGGCCAUGAAUCGGCUUAAAGAUCAAAAUCUUACUCCACUCAAAAUAAAGGAAAUGCCAGUAACUGAACUAGAGAACUUACUUCAUCCCGUAUCCUUUUAUAAGAACAAAGCCAAAUACCUUAAGCAGACUGUGGAUAUACUCAUAGAAAAAUAUGAUUCGGAUAUUCCGGAUAAUCCCAAGGAACUUAUAGCGCUGCCCGGAGUUGGUCCCAAGAUGGCUCAUAUAUGUAUGGCAGUGGCGUGGAAUAAGGUCACAGGAAUCGGAGUGGAUGUCCAUGUCCAUCGCAUUUCGAAUAGAUUGGGUUGGCUACCGAAACCCACAAAGGAACCGGAACAAACGCGCAUCGCACUGGAGAAGUGGCUGCCACAUAGUCUCUGGGCGGAAGUUAAUCAUCUGUUCGUGGGAUUUGGGCAAACCAUUUGUACCCCAGUAAAGCCAAAUUGUGGGGAGUGCUUAAACAAGGAUAUAUGUCCUUCAGCCAAUGCUGAAGCUAAGCAAAAGAAAAAAAAAGAGUGACCGUUAGCAACGAAUAUUAUAUGUUGAGGCUCAGAAAAACUUAAAAAAACUAAAAGUACAAGAAUGUAAUGUCACAAAGGAGCUACAAGUAUUGUUAAAAAACCGAAAAUUAGUUUAAGAAAGGGACUAGAAGUCCAAAGAAUCAGUGCCAUCAGAAUUAGUGCCUUAAGGGCUAUUAUUUUUUUCAGUUGUUUUACAAGCAAAGAAUAAAUUUCGUAUACAAAGAAUAAAAAA